AUGUCCCCUUCCAUGCUUCCCCCCUCCUCUACCGUUCUUCCCCCCUUUCCCUUUACCUGCUUCCCCCCAUUCCCUUCCUUGCUUCCCCCCCUCCCCUCCCCUGCUUUCCCCCAGUCCCCUUCCAUGCUUCCCCUUGUCCCCUUCCCUGCUUUCCCAUGUCCCGUUCUCUGCUUUCCCCCCAUCCCCUUCCCUGCUUUCCCCCAUCCCCUACACUGCUGCUUCCCCCCGUCCCCUUACCUGCUUAGAGUCAAACCCUUCCCAGCUUCCUCCCCUCUCCUUCCCUGCCUUCCUCAAUCCCCUUCCCUACUUCCCCUUGUCCCCUUCCCUGCUUUCCCUUACCCCUUCCCUGCUUUCCCAUGUCCCCUUCCCUGCUCCCCCCUCCCCCCUUCCGUGCAUACCCCCUUCUUCUUACCUGCUUCCCCCCAUCCCCCACCCUUCUUCCCCCUCCUCCCCUCCCCUACUUUCCCCCAUCCCCUUCCCUGCUUACCCCCCUCCCCUUCCGUGCUUCUCCCUAUCCCCUUCUUUGCUUCCGCAUGUCCCCUUCCCUGCAAUUCCCCCUAUCCCCUUCCCUGCUUUUCCCCAUCCCCUUCCCUGAUUUCCCCCAUCCCCUUCCCUGCUUCCACCCAUCCCCUUCCAUGCUUCCCCAUGUCCCCCUUCUGCGCAUCCCCCCUUCUUCUUACCUGCUUCCCCCCAUCCACCACCCUUCUUCCCCCCCUCCCCUCCCCUGCUUUCCCCCAUCCCCUUUCCCCCCCUCCCCUUCCCUGCUUCUCCCUAUCCCCUUCCCUGCUUCCGCAUGUCCCCUUCCCUGCUUUUCCCCAUCCCCUUCCCUGCAUCCCCAUGUCCCCUUCCUUGCUUUCCCCUAUCCCCUUCCCUGCUUCCCCCCCCUCCCCUUUCAUCCUUCUCCCUAUCCCCUUCCCUGCUUCCGCAUGUCCCCUUCCCUGCUUUUCCCCCUAUCCCCUCUUCUGCUUUCCCCCAUCCUCUUCCCUGCUUCCACCCAUCCCCCCCUCCUGCUUUUCCCCAUCCCCUUCCCUGCUUCCACCCAUCCCUUUUCCUGCUCCCCCAUGUCCCCCUCCUUGCUUCCCCCCAUCCCUUUCCCUGCUUCCCCCCCUCCCCUUCCUUCCCUCCCCCCAUCCCCUGCCCUGCUUCCCCAUCACACCCUUCACUGCUUCCCUCCAUCCCCAUCCCUGCUUCCCUUCCCCACUUCCCCAUGUCCCCUUCCCUGCUCCCCCCCUUAUCCCGUUCCCUGCUUCAGUCGGAGCCUCCUGA